UGGGGAGCGGUAGUGGAACGGUUGGCGCGUUUCGCUUACGAAGCCGGCGAUCCGAGUUCGGUUCCCGCUCACGGCCAACACCGGUGAAGAUUAUCUGAACCGGUCCUGGGCCUCCCCCUAGGUCGACUCAGCCUCAAAGUGAGCGGCUGGCGCGGUGCGUCGUAAACAUCGCCCCUCUGUGGUGACAGAGGCGGCCGAGCGAGGUGCUGGCCACCCACCCAGUCGCGUGCCACAGUUCCGGCCUUCACAGGUGCUUGCUACUCGCUAAUGAAGAAACAGCACUCGCCCCAGCAGCCCCGCUAAGGCUACACGGGGCAUCUUUGUCUUCUUUGAGGGGGGUUGGGUGCACACGAGGGAGGCGGAGGAAGGGGAGGAGGCAUCCGGGCACGGGCGGCACCGUCCGCUCAGUCCCGGGUCUCUGGGACGAGGAGGAGCCGAGGGAGGCGCAUUGGGACCCGGCUGGGGCUGAGCUCGGGGGCCGGGAGGAGGUAAGAGGUAACAGGACGAGGCUGGAGCUGAGCGAGGGCCAUGUCCCGCCAGCGAUUUGCUGCUGAUGGGGGGCGACAUCAGCCACAGCAACACCACGAGGAGGAGCACCGCGGGCAGCAGGAACCCGGCCCGGGGCUGCCAACAAGCCACCAUAACCCUGCUCGCCUGGUCACGCACGGGGAUCUUAAUCACCACCACCCUCUUCAGCAUCACCAGUACCAUCAGCAGCAGCAGCAACAGCAGCAGCAGCAGAGGCGCGGGGCGGUGAACGGGGAGGCGAAGCGGCGCCGUGUCCCAAGUCGGAGAAUCGGGCCCGAUGGAGCCUACAGGGAGCCGCAGGACUACUUUCUUGAGGAAAAGUCAAAGGAAGAACUCAAGAACAUGGUGAUUGCUCUGCAGGCAGAAAACAGGCAUCUCAAGAAUCAGAUCCGCUGCCUUACUGGGCUGGGGAUGCUGGCUGACCGCGUGGAGAGGCUGGUCGGGCAGACGGAUGCACUGCUGCAUUCUGGGACCUGCCGGGAUCCUGUGUCGCCGAGCCACUCCACGGCUUCGGCGCAGAGCACGGAGCUGGUGGGGCACGGUGAGCGGUCGUGGGACGGGCCGUGCUUGAACGACGCCCUUCACGACGUCGCGGACCAAACUCGGACGGACCUGAACUGCGGCCCCGCGGAAGUGUGGGUGUUGGACACCGAGCCUGUGCAUUCGGUGAAGGUGAAAUGCGAAGAGCCAACGGACAAGCGGCCGUGCCCGAGCUCCCCAGCGGAGUGCUCUUGGGGGCAACCGUUGCCUCUGCACGCAGAGAACGUGGAGGGUAAACAAAACUCGCCUGCCGUUUCGUACGGCCACCAGAUGGAGGAGUCCAAGAGGACGAACAGAAUGUUUGCAUUGAACAGCGUUGGCACGGCGGCAACUGAAAAGUUUUUGUACCCAAGACAACAGUUUUGCGCGGACAGCCAUGGAAGCCCGGCUGAGCAGCAGAGGCUGCAAGUCAUUGAAGACCAGGAGGUGGCCCUGGAAGAGGAUUGUGCUCGUAUUCAGUUUCUCUCCCGGGAAGAGCAGCAGUUUCAGGAAGAAGAGUUUGAGAUGAAACCACUGCAACCCCUAGAUGUCAAACCGAUAAAGACAGAAUUCAUCACGAUGGAGCUGCUGUGGAGGUUUAAGGGCUGCGAGAGCGCCCAGAAGUUCACCAACAAGCUCCUGUCGUCGCUGUACACGCGCGAGUUCAUGGCGUCGCACUCCAUCACGGGCACGGCCUCCAACAAGGAGCCCAGCUUCGUGAAGCCUGCCCUGCCCUCCGCCGAGCUCAUGGAGAUAAUUCGGGUGGUGCUGCACUUCUUCCCAAUGGAGACGGACACUCAGAUUAAGAGCUACAUCCGGCAGAAGCUGCAGAAUGAGAGCAAGGGGCUGAGGAAGCAGAGGAGCAGCGUGGUCCCCUCGGCCAUGCUUGCUGGAGAACCACCACACAUCAAGAUGGAAGCCGGCGACUAGGUCACCGUGUCGCAGCGCAUCACACUGUGCCAUUGUCGUACGGACAGACUGUAACUUCACAACCUAAGUGCAAUGUCCUGGGCGCACAGGCUUGUUACAGUGCUUUUAACAGUCAUUGCGUACCCACCCGUGGACAUGGUUUGCUUUAUGCGGUGGUCACCGACACGCUCCAAUUGGAUACACUUGAACUCCGUGCCGUGCCGUGCCGGACACUCUGAAACUCAUCAGUUUGUUAUUAUUGUAACUCAUCAAUUUGUUAUUAUUGUAACUCAUCAAUUUGUUAUUAUUGUAACUCAUCAAUUUGUUAUUAUUGUAACUCAUCAAUUUGUUAUUAUUGUAACUCAUCAAUUUGUUGUUAUUGUAACUUCUAGUGCCCGGAGGGGAACCCUUCCGCACCGCGUGACCCCUCCACCAUCUCCUGUUCCGUGUUUUGAGUUUGCGAGUGGCGGCUUAGCAAAGUGUGUUUUUUUAGCUCUGUAGUAAAACUCAAAAGAUAGCAUCGGCAAGUUGUUUGGGCAGGACGUUCAAGACACCCUGCAGGUAAUCGGUUUCCGCCAGGAACGCUGAUAAGCAGCACAGCGCUGCAUAUUGCGGCUGAUUUGGCGUGAAAGUUCUGUGCAGCGUUGGCAGCAUUCCUUUCAACAGAAUGUGUUCAAUUCAGCGCCCUGAAUGCGCGUGGGUGGGGAAGAGAGCCUCCGGGGGAGCGGAGUUUGCCGCCAAAACUCCGUGGGGGAAAAGCGAGCAGAGAAGCGGUGCUGCACGCGGCUCCCGAGGUCGCGGCUGCCCCACGGGUCAUGGCUGCCCCACUGGUCGUGGCUGCCCCACGGGUCGUGGCUGCCCCACUGGUCGUGGCUGCCCCACUGGUCGUGGCUGCCCCACUGGUCGUGGCUGCCCCACUGGUCGUGGCUGCCCCACGGGUCGUGGCUGCCCCACGACCCGUGGCUGCCCCACAGGUCGUGGCUGCCCCACGGGUUGUGGCUGCCCCACGACCCGUGGCUGCCCCACGGGUUGUGGCUGCCCCACGACCCGUGGCUGCCCCACGGGUCGUGGCUGCCCCACGGGUCGUGGCUGCCCCACAGGUUGUGGCUGCCCUACGGGUCGUGGCUGCCCCACAGGUCGUGGCUGCCCCACGGGUCGUGGCUGCCCCACAGGUCGUGGCUGCCCCACAGGUCGUGGCUGCCCCACGGGUUGUGGCUGCCCCACUGGUCGUGGCUGCCCCACAGGUCGUGGCUGCCCCACGGGUUGUGGCUGCCCCACGGGUCGUGGCUGCCCCACAGGUCGUGGCUGCCCCACAGGUCGUGGCUGCCCCACUGGUUGAUUAUUCUCCACUCAUCACAAUGACAUCGGUACCCUGUAUCUCAUCUUCGGGGCCUGAGCACGAAUAGUGGGAACUGCAUUAAGUAUCUUAAUUCGAGCAGAAUUAAGCCAACCGGGCACCCUUUCCUCAGGAGAUGAUCAAAUUUCUAAUGUGAUCGUAACCGCCCACGCUUUUAUCGUAAUUGCCAUCGUGGUUAUACCGAUCAAAAUCAGAAUUGGCCGCGGCUCGACAACCGGUAGCCCCUCCGCUCGUCGGACAGCGGCGUCGGCGGGAGCGGUCUCACGCGCCAGGGCGCCGAGCAGGGGCUGGGGGAGGGAACCUCUGGGACGCGAGCGGCGCCCGCCGGCCCCCCAAACAGGGAGUGGGGAGCGGGGAAGCGAGGCCCCCUGUCGGAGGCCGGAAGGUGGCGCUGGGCGGAGGCCUCGCAAAACUUGUCGGCCAGGAGGGUGGAGUCGGCGCGUGGGGAGGCUCGUGCAGAGAGAGACGCUCGCGCUGCACUUCCCCAGAGCAGCACUUGCAAUGGGAUUUCUUGUCCCAUGGAGAGCGAGACUCUGGCCAGAGGGACCCUUUGAAUAUGGAGAGACCCUGAGGGCCCUGUUUAGUGGUUUGGGCAGACCAGCGGCUGAGAUUUUGAACCUCCUGUUAAUAGGGCUCAAGGCCAGAGUGAGUACGUCUGGCUCUCCCUUGAGUGUGGGGGCAAAGCCCCGGGCACCUCGGGUACUCCCACCACACAGGAGGCCAAGACAAGGAAGGUCAUGGACAAGUGGGAUGACUCGGGAGGAUGACCGCCUCCCCUGCAGGAGGGGGUUAAAGAGCCCAGGGAGGAGGAGUGUUCCUCAUCGGGGGAGUUGGGCCCGGAGGGAAAAAAAAGAGGCCUUUGUAAGGCAUUGCCUCCUGGGAGACACGAAGCGUUUAUAGGGGAGCCUUCUAGAUGGGCUUGGAAUGAUAGCUUUGGCAUCUCGCAAAGGGGGAGAUUACUGAGAAAGAGGGAGCACCCACCGUGUUUGCUAAACCUGUGGGGUCGAGAGCUUCCUGGGUACCUUUGGACCAAACUGCGUCGCAAAUGCUUAGAGGCACGAGUGGUUGAGCCCCACGAAGGGUUUUACGGUGCCUAAGGCAGUGGCUCGACUGUGUGCCCGAACAGAGGACCAGAGAGAGGCCUCCGUGGGUCUCCGCCCUCGCGGACGCGGCAGUAACGAGAGGCCUGGUGCCGUAUCAGCUUCCAGUCACGGAGUGCCCGGCCCCGCUCCUCCCGGGUGAGCGAGACGGAGCGUUCGAGGAGGGAGCGUAAAAAGGCCCUUGGUGGCCGUGUCCAUGCCAGUCACGGCAGGGGUCUGUGUGGCUGACUGUGGUAAGCUGGCUCAAAACGAAAGUCCUGGCAAAGUUUCCGUCAGGUCGAUCGAAGUGCAGGAGUUCAGCUGUAUUCAAUCGGAGCGUGUCGGUGACCAGCUACGUGAAGCAGGUGUUACGUUAGUACUAAAACGCAGUAUUAAGCCAGUAAAAGUUUGACAACCAGUUUUAACUUGCGUGUGUGUAUCCACACUUAGAAAGACUCGGUGUCCCCUAUCGCGUGCGAUAACGUGUACAAGUCACAUGUUUGCACGUCGAGUGUAAUUUUUACGCCUUAAUUUAUUUAUCGCAGAGGAAGUUAACAUGAUUAACAGCUGCAAACGUUCACUCUCUUCAGACGACCAAACUUGAUUGAAACAUUCACUUGUUUAUUUAAUACUAAAUUUUGAUUUGAAGCUUCCGUGACUGCAGGGAUUCAUAUUCUUGGUUCUUUCAGUAAAGUCACGUAGAAGGGAAACAAUAAAAUAAUAAAAAAUAAUAUUUAAUACUAGUUCAAAUACGUUCAUUUCUAUAUUUUAAUGGGUCCAGGCUUUAGAUAGCACUGUUGUGAAACGGCGACACUAAACAAUAAAGCUUACCUUAACCAGUG